AUGCAGGCCCUUUUCCCAUUGGCAAAUCACAACUCCGCAAGUCCCUGGUUCACUCAAGAAGGGCAAAUGAUGACCUUUGUUCUGCGAAUCUCGGUCGACUUCCUCGCAAACAACAUGACAUUCUUGCUGAACCACCAUCGCAAGGCAGAGAGCUUGGAUAUAUCCAACGUUCAAAGCCCGGCGAACUCGUUCUUGCUUGUUUUAGCUCUCAAUUUAUUGUCAUUUAAUCACAGUCCAACAACUAUCUAUUUGAUUAACAUGUCAAAAAUCGUAGGCAGUUACCAUGGGCGCCGUGUAUAUUCUCGAAUUCCGCAUCGCUCUGGUCGACCUAGCUGUAUUCCAAAGAUGUCACUCGCUGAUGUUAAUUUUGACACUAGUAGUGGCUCAAUUUUAAAUGAGGGAGUGACAAGAAUGACCCAGCCAUCUCACAAUUUCACCGACACAAGCAAUAAAUUCCCAGCAAAACACGCAAAGACUAGGUUUCAAAAUACUGAUAGUCAGUCAAUAAGCGACAGUCUAUCAGACCCAGUCAAGUGGUCCGAGUUUAAAAAUGAGCUCAAUGCCACCAUGGACACCGCCGAUUGGUCUGAGGUCAUGUCUGAUCAUAGCUCUACGGACACCUUCUCACAGCACCGGUUCCUUAUGUUGGAGUCACCACCAGCUGGAAUAUAUAUGUUUCAAGAAGGUGAUUCAAACUUGACAGACUUCGAACUCUUAAGCGGCAUAGGUUUUGACCUCCGGCCAACCAAGCAACACAGGAUCGAAGACAACGGCAGCCAGAUCUUCUCAAUUCAUCCAUCCAAUUCUAAACCUGGCAUCAAUCGUGUAAGGAGACCGGUAUUAGAUGCUCUCGAGUUUGGGUCUCAAGUCAAAGAGAGCCCUUACAAUCGAAAUCGAAAGAGAAGCAUCCUCAACACCCCAGAUAUCAAUCAACCCACGGACAGCCACAGUCUUUUGACCAGUCCAGUCUUCGGGGGUGUUGAGGAAUCCAUUGAUCCGGCCCUCAAGAUCCUGACUCCUCCAAUUGCUCCCACAUUAGCCACUCCUCCUACCGACAAUAAUCGCGGUCUUUUGUCUAGUCCAGUCUUUGGGGGUGUUGAGGAAUCCAUUGAUCCGGCCCUCAAGUUCCUGACUCCUUCAAUUGCUCCCACAUCAGCCACUUCUCCUACCGACUAUCCUGGACAGCCAUCUCCCACCUCAUUGCGCGGCUCAAAUCGUGGUCUUUUGUCUAGGCCAGUCUUUGGGGGUGUUGAGGAAUCCAUUGAUCCGGCCCUCAAGUUCCUGACUCCUUCAAUUGCUCCCACAUCAGCCACUUCUCCUACCGACUAUCAUGGACAGCCAUCUCCCACCUCAUCGCGCGACUCAUACGAGAACACCUCUGAUCGUGAUUGUAAGUAUCCCCUCAAACUCGGUCUACCAAAUGGAAAUCCUCAAUUGAUGUCUUGUACAUUCACAUUCAGCUUCGAAAUGCAGCUGUCAUCAAAUUAUGGAGGGUCUGUUGGAAGAAAUGCAUAUUCACUUUGA